ACAACAGCAACUCCAUUUACGUCAACUGCAGAAAGAGGCAACAGUGACACAGACGAUAACAACAACACCCACUGCAGCAAUGACGGGAUCUCCAGCACAAGCGUCAACUGCAGGAACAGUAAAUACCGCCACAGGAAUUGCAGCCACAAGUGCUGCGACAGUAAGUGCGGCGACAAAUCCUGUGACAAAUGCUUUGACAGGAAAUGCAGGGACAAAUUCUGUGACAAAUGCCGUGACGGGAAAUGCAGCAACAAAUUCUGUGACAAAUGGCGCGACAGGAAAUGCAGCGACAAAUUCGGUGACAAAUGCCGCGACAAAUUUUGUGACAAAUGGUGCGACCGGAAAUGCAGCGACAAAUUCAGUGACAAAUGCUGCAACUGGAAAUGAUGGAACAAAUGCUGUCACAGAAAACAGCGUGACAAAUGCAGUGUCAGGAAAUGCCGCGACAAAUGCCGCAACAGCAAAUGCUGCGACAAAUGCUGCAACAGGAAAUGCCGGGACAAAUGCAAUGACAGGAAAUGCCGCCACAAAUGCGGCGACGGGAAAUGCCGCGACAAAUGCGGCGACAGCGAAUGCUGCAACAAAUGCAGCGACGGGAAAUGCCGCAACAGGAAAUGCGGCGACAAAUGCCGUGACAGGAAUUGUCGCAACAACCGUGCCGGGAGCAACACAAGUCGCAACUAGCGACGAUGGCAGCUGCCGUGACUGUAAUAACCAGACGGGUUUCUUUCCGAUCGCUUCAAAGCACGUUUACGAACGACCUGCUGAAUCAGUCCUCUCCCCAGUUCCAGUUUCGAGCUACCAUGAUAAAAAGUCAGCUUCAACCUUUAUUCCAAAGGAGAUUUCCUACCAUCUUCAGGAUCCUGAUUAUCAUUGGAUUCAGACCCGGCUCGGUCAUCAACGACAUGGACCUCCAGUUCACCAACACGGCGCCAAACAACACGGGGAUCGCCGCCGUCCUGACUGACGCCGCCGCGGUCGUCAGCGGCUUUGACAUCGAGCAAAGCUCCAUCACCAUCGAAGGAAUCGUUUCGGGCGGAGCGAGCCACAAGAUCGGCCUGGUCAGCGCAUCCUGUCUGGUGGUUCUUUCGUGGAUCCUGUCGAGUCAGCAAUAAGCGCCACGACUUAUUUAUUCACGUCAAGACUGCUCGCGAUUUUAUUUAAUUUCUUUUUCAAUGCAACAAUUGCAUCAAUGACUGAAUGACUUUUGGGGGAGGGGGGGGGGAAUUCAGCCCCGAACGCCAUUAUCACUUAGCAAUAAGCAAUGUGGUAGGCGUGGCUACACACAGGAAGUCAGACAUUGUGGUUCGCCGCGGCCAUUUUAGGCACAUUUUGUCCAUUUCCAUCCGGCCUUCGAAAACAAACUCGAACUCAGCAACACAAAGCCACAGCCGUAUCAAAUGUCCUCUUCAACAUGAGUGACGGAGGUCCCAUGCUAAGAGAUUUAUUGACGCCCCCCGACUAGCAGAAAUGCAUCAAUGCAAUGACGCUUCUCCUCAUGCUCCUUGAAACUUACAGCUUUGAUUAUUAUUUAAUUCUAACACGGGUUUUUAGACCAAAUAUGCACUUUCAGAGGUAUUUUUUGUGUUUAUUAAAUUCUCAUUUUAAUAUCAUCUAUUUAAAACGUGGUUAUUAUUUAUCUACUCAGGACAAUGCAAUGUUUAUGUAUGUGUCAAAUGCAGUGAGAUCCAAUUAAAAAACACAUUUUUAAAAUGGCG